AUGGUCGGCGACCGUCGCGAAAACAACUCUGGGCUCGACUCUGAGCCAGAGUCCCCGUGGAAGCUCGGGAGACCGCCCGUCCACCCCCAAUCAACCGCAGCCAUGUCUCUCGGCGGAGAGACCCUCAACCUCGGCCCCCGCAGCCGCGCCAACACCGACACAACCAUGAACCUGACCAUGAGCGAAAAGGCGAAAAUCGGCGCCGGGUCCAAGCCCGUUAGCAUGCCUCUACCCGGCAACAUCUCCUCCGAGGAGGCUCUCCGCCCCGACAAGGGCCAGGAGAAGGACUUCGAGAUGCUCAACCCCAAAUCUUUGGCCGCCUAUAUCGCUCUCGGCGGCCUGCCCGGCCUCGAGCGUGCUCUGAGGACCGAUAUCAGCUCCGGCCUGAGCACCGACGAGGAAAGCUCACCGACGCGAGAGCAGUUUGUGGAUCGCAAGCGCGUCUUCAAGGAUAACCGACUUCCUCCCCGCAAGACCUACACCCUUCUGGGUCUCCUCUGGAGGGCCUACAAUGACAAGAUCCUGUGGCUUCUUACCGUGGCCGCCAUCGUGUCAUUGGCUCUCGGUCUCUACGAGACGUUUGACGGUGGCAAGAACAUUGAGUGGAUUGAGGGUGUUGCCAUUUGCGCCGCCAUCAUCAUUGUCGUAGUUGUCACCUUCUUCAACGAUUGGCAAAAGGAAAAGCAGUUCACCAAGCUCAACCAGAGGAAAGAGGAUCGCGAGGUCAAGGCUGUCCGCUCCGGCAAGGCUGCCAUGAUCUCCGUGUACGAUGUUAUGGUCGGCGACGUCUUGUACCUGGAGCCUGGUGACGCAAUCCCCGCCGACGGCAUCUUUAUCAGCGGCCAUGGUGUCAAGUGCGACGAGUCUUCCGCCACUGGCGAAUCGGACGCUCUCAAGAAGGUGCCCGGUGUGCUCGAGGGUGUCGGAACGUACAUGGUCACCAGCGUCGGUGUCAACUCGAGCUACGGCAAGAUUCUCAUGUCCCUUCAGGUCAAGACCGAGCCCACGCCCCUUCAGGUUAAGCUCGGCAGCAUGGCCAACUGGAUUGGUGGUCUUGGUUCUCUCUGGGCUGGUAUCCUCUUCCUGAUUCAGCUUUUCCGCUUCGUCGCGGCGCUCGGCAGCAACCCCGGCACUCCCUCGGAGAAGGCCGGCGAGUUCCUCGAUAUUCUCAUCACUGCCAUCACCAUUAUUGUCAUGGCCGACAACAACCUUGUCCGUGUCCUCCGCGCCUGCGAAACCAUGGGCAACGCUACCACCAUUUGUUCCGACAAGACCGGCACCCUCACCCAAAACAAGAUGACGGUCGUCGCCGGCGCGUGGGGCAAGGACCAGAGCUUCUCCCACCAGCCCAGCGACGGCGAGGAGACGUUUGCGAGCAUCUUCGGAAAGCUCUCGGCGCGCUUCAGGACCCUCCUCACCCAGUCCAUCGCCAUCAACUCGACCGCCUUCGAGGGCGAGGAGGACGGCCAAAAGACCUUUAUCGGCAGCAAGACCGAGGUGGCUCUCCUGAACCUCGCGCAAGAGAACCUGGCCAUGACCAACGUCGCCGAGGAGCGAAGCAACAACCAGGUCGUCCAGAUCUACCCCUUCGACUCGGCACUCAAGUGCAUGGGUACCGUGAUCCGCCUCGCAUCGGGCGACCACCGCCUCGUCGUCAAGGGCGCCUCCGAAAUCAUGCUCUCCAAGGCCACCAGCUACGCCGCCAACCUCGACUCUGACAACUACAGCCUCGCCCCCAUGGACGAGCUCGUCAGGCAAAAGGUUGCCAACCAGAUCCAGUCGUACGCCGAGCGCUCCCUCCGCACCAUUGGUUUCCUCUACCAGGAUUUCCCCAUCUGGCCUCCCACGGGCGCCGAGCUCCUCGAAGAAGACAAGUCCAUGGCCAAGUUCGCCUCGGUGCUGUCCAACAUGACCUGGGUCGGUCUCGUCGGAGCCGGUAUCAAGGUCCGCAUGGUCACUGGCGAUAACCAAGUCACCGCGCGCGCCAUCGCGACCGAGUGUGACAAGCGCAUCCUGGUCGAAAGGCUCAAGAAGCUCGGCGAGACGGUCGCUGUGACCGGAGACGGCACCAACGACGGACCCGCGCUCAAGACUGCUGAUGUCGGUUUCUCCAUGGGUAUCGCCGGUACCGAGGUCGCCAAGGAAGCUUCCGAGAUCAUUCUUAUGGACGACAACUUCACUAGCAUCGUCAAGGCUGUCAUGUGGGGCCGCUCCGUCAACGAUGCCGUGGCCAAGUUCUUGCAGUUCCAGAUCACCGUCAACAUCGCAGCCGUCACCCUCGCCUUUAUCUCGGCUCUUGCCUCUGACGACAACUCUUCGGUGCUCAAGGCUGUGCAGCUACUCUGGGUCAACAUGAUUAUGGAUACUUUUGCGGCUCUCGCGCUCGCGACCGACGCGCCCACGGAUUCGAUCCUCGACAGGAAGCCCACUCCCAAGUCCGCUCCUCUGAUCACGAUGAACAUGUGGAAGAUGGUUCUCGGCCAGGCGUUUUACCAGAUCGUCAUCACGCUUAUCCUCUACUUCCUCGGUGAGAAGAUCUUCAAGUACGACUUCCAGGCCAACCCGCACCAGAAGCACGAGCUCGACACCAUGGUCUUCAACGCCUUUGUGUGGAUGCAAAUCUUCAACAUGUUCAACAACAGGCGGCUGGACAACAAGCACAACAUCCUCGAGGGAGCGCACAAGAACUACUUCUUCCUCACCAUGGCUGUCAUCAUGGUGGCCUGCCAGAUUAUGAUCAUCUUUGUCGGUGGCCAGGCUUUCGAGGUCGUCCGUAUCGACGGCGUCCAGUGGGCCGUCUGCGUUCUCGUUGCCCUCCCUUGCCUGCUCUGGGGCUUUGUCCUCCGUCUCAUCCCCGACGAGUACGCCGAGGCGCUCUUCAUGGCCGUUGCGAACGCCUUCAUGUUCCUAUUCAGGCCUUUCUGGAAGGGCAUGCGGUUCAUCUUCCACCCCGUCGCCGAGAUUGGCCGCGCCCAGAUCAAGGACAUCAUCCAGGAUCUCUUCAAAGUCAUGGUCGUCACCUCCCACUACGACACCAGCGGACGACCUAGCAAAGAAGAAAACCCUCUCUUCCUCCCUCAAAACACUCAACUCGACCGCCACCGACCCGACCCUCACCCUCCCCUCCGUACCCCCGAGCUCGUCAAGUACGUCGAGGGUGGCCGCAACCCCGACAUCUACACCCGCGAGUUCGUCGAGCUCGUCCGCCGCGGGAAUCAGCUUACCCGCGGCAAGAUGCACGCCUUUUCCACCUUUCGCGACAUCCUCGCCGAACAGAUGGCCGCUGCCAUGCCUGAGCUCAAAAACGACGUCGACAGGGUCGUGGAGGAGACGAGGCUUGACAGCAGCGCGGGGGAGCCGCGCCCUCGUCGGGCUCUGGGGCUGGGGCUGGGGCUGGGACACGGUGAUAAGGUGCGGGCGAGGUGGAUAUGGAUGAUGGAGGUGUUGGUAUGGACGUGA